GUGAGUGUGAGGGUGAGUGAGUUAAUGGGUAGGUUAUCAUCAAUCAUUUAUUGAACUUAUGCUUCAUGUGUUAAUGUCUCAAACUCCCCCAUUAACACCCCCUCCCGACCUCCCCUCCCCCUGCCCACCCGAGAUGAGAGGGUGGAGGUGGUGCAGGUUGUUUGGGGGAUUUUAGUUUCUCCGGAAGUCUCAGAUGAUGAAUGUGUAUGUUGCUGAGUGAACACAUUUCUCCAUCAUCAUCAUCAUCAACAUCCUGUCUUUCUUGCUCUUACUAAAAGCUUUCCUUAUCGAUCUUUGCGCGUGCGUGUGUGUAGCUUUAUUCUCGAGCGAGGGAGGGAGUGAAGAAACUGCACGAGCCCCGCGGUGCCGCUCGGUCUGAGCUCGUGUCCAUCAUCAUCAUCACUACUGCUUUUCUUUUUCUUCCUCAGUUCAUUAUAAUCCGUCUCUCGCGCGCACCCUUUCAUUUUGCAGCAGCAGUGAAGUGCUGCAGAGAUUUCAUCUCUCUCUCUCUCUCUCUCUCUCUCUCUCUCUCUCUCACACACACACACAUUCACACACCCGCGGUUAUAGAGGCUUGCGCUCUGCUCUGUCACACUAGAAGAGGAGAGGAGGAGAAGGACAGAGGCCAUGGUCGCGCGCUUAAUCAUAAUGCACCGGAGCUGAGGACGCUCCCACCGGCCGCGCGAGCCUUACUCGUCUUCUCAUUUGUGAUCAGAGCGCGGACAGAGAGUGUGUGAAGGGUGAAGGAAGGCGUGUGUGUGUGUGAGAGAGAGGGAAAGAUGGAGAAUAUGGCCUCCUCGUGCAGCAGUUCGCCGGAGGGAGGAUCCCCGCCGCAUCAGGGCCGCGUGCGCAAGUCGGACAGUAAUACCAGUUUCUUGAGAGCAGCAAGAGCCGGAAACAUUGAGAAAGUUCUGGAGCUUCUGAAGGGAGGACAAGAUAUCAGUACCUGUAACCAGAAUGGGUUAAAUGCACUUCAUCUCGCUGCUAAGGAAGGUCAUGUGGAGCUGGUGGAGGAGCUGCUGGAGAGAGGAGCAGCUGUAAACUCGUCUACCAAGAAAGGAAACACAGCUCUCCACAUUGCCUCAUUGGCUGGGCAGAAGGAAGUGGCUAAGCUGCUGGUGAAAAGAGGAGCAGACGUGAACUCCCAAUCACAGAAUGGCUUCACUCCACUCUACAUGGCUGCUCAGGAGAAUCACCUGGAUGUAGUGCGCUACCUGCUGGAGAACGGAGGCAACCAGAGUACAGCCACUGAGGACGGCUUCACCCCGUUAGCGAUCGCUCUGCAGCAGGGUCAUAACCAGGUAGUGUCUUUGUUAUUGGAGAAAGACACUAAAGGGAAAGUGCGUUUACCUGCACUGCACAUCGCCGCCCGCAAAGACGACACCAAGUCUGCUGCACUACUGCUCCAGAACGACCACAACGCUGACGUCCAGGCCAAGAUGAUGGUCAACAGGACAACGGAGAGCGGCUUCACUCCGCUUCACAUCGCUGCUCAUUACGGAAAUGUUAAUGUCUCUACACUGCUGCUGAACCGUGGCGCCGCUGUGGACUUCACCGCCAGGAACGGUAUCACUCCUCUGCACGUGGCCUCUAAACGGGGAAAUACCAACAUGGUGUCCUUGCUGCUCGAUAGGGGGGCGCAGAUCGAUGCUAAGACCAGGGACGGACUGACUCCCCUACACUGUGCUGCCAGAAGUGGUCAUGAUGCAGCGGUGGAGCUGCUGUUAGAGAAAGACGCUCCAAUACUCGCCCGAACCAAGAAUGGGCUGUCCCCACUGCACAUGUCUGCGCAGGGUGAUCAUGUCGAGUGUGUAAAGCACCUUCUGCAAUACAAGGCGCCAGUUGAUGAUGUCACUCUGGAUUACCUCACAGCUCUCCAUGUCUCCGCCCACUGCGGCCAUUACAGAGUCACUAAAUUAUUGCUGGACAAGAGAGCCAAUCCCAAUGCACGAGCACUGAAUGGUUUCACUCCGCUGCACAUUGCCUGUAAGAAGAACAGAGUAAAAGUGAUGGAGCUACUAGUGAAAUACGGAGCUUCCAUUCAGGCCAUCACCGAAUCGGGUCUGACUCCAAUCCAUGUGGCAGCGUUUAUGGGUCACCUGAACAUUGUGCUUUUGCUGCUGCAGAAUGGAGCUUCACCAGACGUCUGCAACGUCCGGGGAGAGACGGCCCUGCACAUGUCAGCGAGGGCGGGGCAGAUAGAGGUGGUGCGCUGCCUGCUGAGAAACGGAGCUCGCGUGGAUGCAACAGCCAGAGAGGGUCAGACCCCCCUCCACAUUUCGGCGAGGUUGGGUCAGUCUGACACGGUGCAGUUGUUGUUGCAGCACAUGGCUGAUCCCGACGCUGCCACCACUAACGGAUACACACCUCUACACAUCGCCGCCCGAGAGGGACACACACACAUCGUCUCUGUGCUGCUGGAGGCUGGAGCCACACACGCACUGACCACCAAGAAAGGGUUCACUCCUCUACAUGUAGCAGCGAAGUAUGGAAGCCUGGAGGUGGCCAAACUCCUACUGCAGCGCAGAGCCCUGCCUGAUGAAGCCGGAAAGGAUGGUCUCACUCCUCUGCAUGUAGCAGUUCACUAUGAUAAUCAGCAGCUCGCUCUUCUGCUGCUGGAUAAAGGCACGUCACCUCACAGCACAGCCAAGAACGGAUACACUCCGCUCCACAUUGCGGCAAGGAAGAAUGAGCUGCAGGUGGCAAGGGUUCUGUUGCAGAAGGGGGCGGAGCCUGGAGCUGCAACACGGCAGUUCAUGACCCCGCUACACCUCGCUGCACAAGAAGGACAUGACCACAUGGUUGCCCUGCUGCUGGACCACGGAGUUAAUGUUAAUGCUAAUGCAAAAAACGGUCUCACCCCACUUCACCUUGCUGCUCAGGAGGACAGAGUGAAUGUGGCUGAAAUUCUUGUUAAACACGGUGCUAACUUAGACCACCAAACAAAACUGGGUUACACCCCUCUUAUUGUCGCCUGUCACUAUGGAAACGUGAAGAUGGUGAACUUCCUGUUGCAGCAUGGGGCAAAUGUAAACACCAAAACUAGAAACGGGUACACACCGCUUCAUCAAGCAGCUCAGCAGGGAAACACACACAUCAUAAACGUUCUGCUUCAUCACGGUGCAAAGCCCAACGCUGUUACCAUGAACGGGAACACAGCUCUCUCCAUCGCUAAGCGUCUAGGCUACAUCUCUGUGGUGGACACACUGAAGGUCGUCACUGAGGAGGUCAUCACCAUGACGACAACGGUGACAGAAAAGCACAAACUGAAUGUUCCUGAGACAAUGAAUGAAGUUCUGGAUGUUUCUGAUGAGGAAGGUGAGGACACGAUGACGGGAGAUGGAGGUGAGUAUCUGAGGGCAGAGGAUCUGAGAGAGCUGGGAGACGACUCUCUGUCUGGACAAUACCUGGAUGGCAUGAGCUACCUCAGCCACAACCUGGACAGGACUCAUCAUACUCCACCUCACCUGGGCUAUCAGAGAGACGGAGUUCUCAUCGAGGACAUGAUCAGCAGCCACCAGGUAUCAAGUCUGUCCAGAGAAAAUGAUAAAGACUCGUAUCGGCUGAGCUGGGGAGCCGAACAUCUAGACAACGUAGUACUGACUAACACACUGCUGCAGUCUGGCUUCCUGGUCAGUUUCAUGGUAGAUGCAAGGGGCGGAGCCAUGAGUGGUUGCCGUCACAAUGGCCUACGCAUCAUAGUUCCACCCAGGAAGUGUUCAGCUCCGACACGUGUGACCUGCAGACUGGUGAAGAGACACCGCGUGGCCACAAUGCCCCUGGUUGAGGGAGACGGAAUUACAGGACGUAUCAUAGAACUCGGACCUACAGGAUCACCAUUCCUUGGGAAGUUACACUUGCCUACAGCUCCACCUCCUCUUAACGAGGGAGAGAGUCUGGUGAGCAGAAUCCUGCAGCUUGGCCCACCGGGAACCAAAUUUCUUGGACCGGUGAUAGUGGAGAUCCCUCACUUUGCGGCUCUGCGUGGUUCUGAGCGAGAACUUGUGGUUCUGCGUAGUGAGACAGGAGAGAGCUGGCGAGAACACCACUGUGAGCACACUGAGGAGGAACUCAAUCAGAUCCUCAAUGGCAUGGACGAGGAAUUGGAUUCACCUGAGGAGCUGGAGAAGAAGCGUAUCUGCCGCAUCAUCACUCGUGAUUUCCCACAGUUCUUUGCAGUGGUGUCUCGGAUACGGCAGGACAGUCACCUGAUUGGUCCAGAGGGGGGAGUCCUCAGCAGCUCAUUGGUUCCUCAGGUGCAGGCCGUGUUUCCUGAAGGAGCUCUGACCAAGAGGAUCCGUGUCGGACUACAGGCUCAGCCAAUAGGGUCUGAGGUAGUGAAGAGGAUUCUAGGUAAUAAGGCGACAUUCAGCCCCAUUGUUACUCUGGAGCCUCGGAGACGCAAAUUCCACAAACCCAUCACCAUGACGAUCCCCAUUCCCACAACCUCCACAAAUCAGGGCGGCAGCGGCAUACCGGGGGAGACGCCCACUCUGCGUUUACUGUGCAGCAUCACAGGAGGUACCACCCCGGCACAGUGGGAGGACAUCACCGGUUCGACUCCCCUCACCUUCAUCAAUCAGUGUGUGUCCUUCACCACUAAUGUCUCGGCUCGGUUCUGGCUGAUAGACUGUCGUCAGUCUCAGGAGUCGGUGACGUUCUGCGCGCAACUAUAUAGGGAGAUCAUCUGUGUUCCCUACAUGGCCAAGUUUGUCAUCUUUGCUAAGACACUGGACCCGAUCGAGGCACGGCUGCGCUGUUUCUGCAUGACUGAUGACAAGAUGGACAAGACCCUGGAACAGCAGGAGAACUUCACCGAGGUGGCACGCAGCCGAGACGUGGAGGUUCUGGAAGGAAAGCCCAUUUUUGCGGAUUGUUUUGGAAACCUCGUUCCUCUGACUAAAAGCGGACAGCACCACGUCUUCAGCUUCUAUGCCUUCAAGGAGAACCGUCUUGCUCUCUUCAUCAAGAUCCGUGACAGUGCGCAGGAGCCGUGUGGUCGACUUUCAUUCACCAAAGAACCGAGAACUUACCGCAGCCUGAACCACAACGCCAUCUGCAACCUGAACAUCACACUUCCUGUUUACUCAAAGGACUCUGAUUCAGACCAGGACGCAGAUGAAGAGGUAAACAUCACAGUGGACUGGAACGAUGAUGCCGAUCGUAAAGAGGAAAUUUUGUCCAUCAUUGCUGAUCUUCUCGGGUUCAGCUGGACAGAGUUAGCUAAAGAGCUGGAGUUCAAUGAAAAUGAAGUUCAGCAGGUUCGUGCAGAGAACCCGAACUCACUGCAGGAACAGAGUACCGCUCUUCUACAGCGCUGGACUGAGCGCGAGGGCAAACACGCCACUGAGGACUGUCUGAUAAAGAAACUGACUAAAAUAAACCGCAUGGACAUCGUCCACCUCAUCAAGACUCAGCUCAACAAAUCAGUGCAGGAACAAACGUCCAGAACAUACGCCGAGAUCGAGAGGACACUGGACCACAGUGAAGCUCUGUCCUCAGUACAGGAGGUCAGUCCCCGGAUGGUGACGAGAGUGGACGUUUCCCAGAAGCCUCCAGCUGCAGUGUCAGAGGAGGACCUAUCGGUGGCCUCGCUGCUAGACAUUCCUUCCUGGGCGGAGCCUGUAGGCCACGCCCACUCCGAGAGUAUCCAUGGAGACAUGCUAGAGGAGCUAGAGGUCACACAAGAUGCGUGGGCGUGUCAGGGGGCUGAAACAGACUCGACACACGUGUCUCCACAAGCACCACUCUCAGCUGCAGGUCGGGAUGCAGAUCAGGCUCUGAGCGAACCUGAAGAUCACAAUGUCCUGAGUCUCUCACCUGCAGCAGAAGCUCCAAAGCCAUACUUCUUCAACUUCAGUCAGUCCUCCAUUGACAGGGUUUCAUGUGAGGUUUCAACAGAUAGGCACCUAAACCAAGAUGAGGUUUUGACAUACAUGUCACAAGGACAUGCUGCGGACCAUCUGAGAUCUCCACCUGAUGAUCUUUCUCCUGUGUAUGAGAAAAGUGACAUGGAAGAAAGUGAGAAGUCCUCCUCCGAGUUUCUACAGUCUCGUCUCUCUGGCUCUGAGGCUUACAACAUUCUCCAGCUCAUUGAGAGUGAUCAGGGACCUGGAGAGGAACCUACUCCUUCAGAGGACCAAAUGAUGAAGAGAUCUGCUCCAGAGGACAGGACGCCAUCUGAGUCUGAUUACGUUUUUGUAAAUCCUGAAUCUGUUCGGCUCUCGGCUAAAGAACAUGCUGAGUUUGAUUCAGCAUGUCAUUACAAAGGUUACAUGGAGAAACAGGAACCAUCAAAAGGUUGUAAUGAAGUGUCUCAGAUACCUGAAGCAGAGACGGAAGCUGUUAGUCCAGAGAAAUCUUCACAGAUGAUUAUACCAAGUGUCCAGGAUGCUGCAAUUCCUGAAGAAUCUCUAGGACAGAGAAAUCUUUCAAAGGAGCUGCAUGACGAUCAAAAUUUCUCUCAACAAGAACAAAAACAUGACAUUCAAGAACCUCACAAUAUCUACACUGAAGAUGCUGAAAUGCAGUGUGAGCUCCAGCUUGAAGACAAGAUCACAUCAGACUGUACAAUUCUGAAAGAGAGCAUUCUUCAGCAAGAUGUUUCACCAUUUUCUCACUCAGAGGUUUCUCCACAAACACCAGACACAGUCAGAGCCACACAACACUUUGAGUUUGGGGAAGUUCUUUGGGCACCAGAGAGAACCUCUGAUCAGGAGUCAUAUCAGCUUCUCACCAAGGUUCCUGAGAUGGUAACGUCUCAAAGCUCAGACUGUCCACAAUCAGAAUCUUUUAUGUCUCAUUCACCAUCUCACUUUUCAGAGGAGGCUUCAUUCCGCCGCAGUGUCUUUGAAUCUGGCCAAUCUACUGUACGCUCCUUAAGUACAGAUGAAGCUCUGGCAUUACUUCAAAAACUUGUUCCUACAGAAAAUCUGCUGACUGGUGAAGGCGUCUUCUUGGAGAUCACUGAGUCAAGAAGAUCUGAAAGUGAUGAUGAAACACCCACAAAAACACUUUCCAAAGCUGAGGAGCCUGAAAUCAUGAAAAUGCAUAAAGAACAUGCUCAGGAUCUCCAGAGUGCCCUCCACUUGCCUGAAGAGCAAGAGAUGGUCUUGACAAACUCAAAUUACUCAGAACUGGAACUAGAACAAAAUGUAGUCUGGGCAACAUGUGUUAGCUUAAAGCCACAAGAACACGGUGCUAAAAGUCUGAGCACAUCUGAGACCGGUGAAGAGGAGAACCAGGAUUCUAUCCAAGACUGCAUGGAAGCACCAGUCAUCCAGGAAGCUUUAGAAGAGUCAGAGGGAAAACAUGAGCCACCAAGACUGAAGAAGAGUUUUCAAUCUUAUAUUUGUUCUUCUGAAGAAGCUCCUCCUCAUGGGGAUGUUAUGGAUGAUGAUGAUGAUGAUGAUGAUGAUGAUGAGCUGAGGAGGGCCGAUGGAGAAGCUGAUGUUCCUCCACAGACUGAGACUGAGGAACUGUACAUGGAGGAACGGGGAACGCUGCACACUACACAGGUGAGGCAGCGGGCAGUGGUCAGACGGUGUGCAUCGGCUGAGGACAGAACAGAAGGCCGUGCACACUCGAGAGCAGUGAAGAGAACAGUGGUGAAGAGUGAUGGGGAUGAGACAGAGGUGAUGUUUAACGUGCAGUGCGAAGCUGCUGUGACGGUUAGUGAGACUGGAAAACAUUUAGAAAAAAAUCACCUGGACACACACCUGACCACCACCUGUGAUGACAUCACACAGGGCGAAGAUGAAGAACACGAGUUCUCUGAAGUGCACUUCACUGAAGGGUGCAGGAUGGAGGAAGCAGACGUAUAGGACAAGAAUAUGAUCUCUAAUAUCACCAUGACGAUGACUUUCAGCAUCACGUUGCUUCAUUUAGAGGAUUAAUGAUGAACCUUUCCUCUCUUUUUUCCUCUCCUAUCUCUGCACUAAGAAUGCUCAAGCAAUCCCAGAAUGCACCUCUCUCUCUCUCUCCUUACUUCCUGUUUUACAGGUCUUCCUGAUUUGAUGUCGUUUGUUUACAUCCUCUUCGUCCACCAUGUUCAUAAUUUUUUUUUGUUGUGAGCAGACUCUGUGGUUAUUUAUUCAUUUAUUUAUUUAUUUAUUCAUUCAUUCAUUCAUCAGAAUUUUAUUGGGGUGGAGUUUAAAAAAAAAAAUUAGUCCAAGUUAAAGACCUGACAGCGGUGCUCCUUGAUGAUGUCAUCGUUAUAGGAGGAACCGAACAAGCAACACUCAGAAAAAAGGAACUAAACUCUUUGCUCACUAGCUCUUUAUGAUUAGCUACUCUAAUGACAGCCUCUUGCUGUAAUGCUAGCAAGUUAGCAUAUUUAUUACCUCAUGGCGAUAUUAACUAGCUAGCUUUGGGAUAAACAUUACUGGUUUGCUUAUUGAAGCACACCCGAGCUAGCUUUAGUAAACAGUUAGCCAGGGUUUUAUUGAGGAAAUUAGCUUGAAUAGUAUGAUGCUAACCAUGACGUUGUGAUACAACAUCCUCACUGAGAAACUUUCAGGAUGUUUGUCACUCGUUUAUUGUCACGGUAAAUAUCUUUCUAUUACAUUUGCAUCAUAACAAUGCUGUGUGCUGUUAUUUAUGUAGCUAAUUGUGUUCCUGUGUCUCACUUCAGUGACCUCAUCAUGAUAAUCUGUAUAUAAUAGCCACAUUAACCACUGCAAGUGAAAUUAACAUUAGCAUGAUUAGCACCAGUCAUCUAAUAAUAGCUUAUUAUAUCCAUGGUAUUUAAACUCACCUGUCUUUCUGUCUGCUGUUCCUGUCUCACUCUAUCUGUGUUUGUCAUGGUCUUUUAUCAUUGCUUGUUGUGUACUUCACACACUGUUUUAAUACUGUUUAAGACACGCCUUUGUCCACUUUCCCUUCACUACUCGGAAGUGUAUAUCACUAGCCAACAUGCUAACUGCUAAUAAAAAGCUGCCAUUUUGAAAAAUUAAACUGAGACUGCAGGAAAGAAUUCUGAGUAAGAUGUGUUGAAGUCUACUAGGGGAAGUGGUCUAGGGGAAGUGGAAUUGGAGAUGUGGUCUAGGGGAAGUGGACUAGGGUAAAUGGUCUAGGGGAAGUGGAACUGGAGAGGUGAACUAGGGUAAGUGGUCUAGGGGAAGUGGAACUGGAGAGCUGAACUAGGGUAAGUGGUCUAGGGGAAGUGGUCUAGAGGAAGUGGACUAGGGGAAGUGGUCUAGAGGAAGUGUGACAGUAUUGUAACAGGACAUAGUUUGUUUUAAAAAUGUAGCAUAUAUUAAACUGUGUUCAUGAUCACUUAUUUAUUUGUUCCCUUAAUCCUGAAGCAAGAUCGAUCAGAGUGUGUGUGUGUGUGUGUGUGUGUGUGUGUGUAACUUUAACCUGCUGCGGUGUUUCACUGUGAUUCUCAUUAACACCUGAUUAUUAGAAUUCUAAUAUAAAUUCUAUAGACAGCAUGUUCUAGUUUAUUAUAGAGCAUUAACCACUGUACAAUGUGUGUGUGUGUGUGUGUGUGUGUGUAUGCGAGUGUGUGUGUGGAGCUGAAAUUAAAACGUUUAUCAACGCAUUCAUCUGAUUUCUGUUUCUUCAAAAACAUGGAGACAAAAUUCAACAGAUAAAGAGUCAGACAGACAGGUUUUCCGCUCAGACAGUCAGACAGACAGGUUUUCCCCUCACAGACAGUCAGACAGACAGGUUUUCCCCUCAC